GAGUGUUUCCUUUCUGGAUUUUUCUCGUUCUAGUGUUGGUUUUAAUUUGAUGAAUUUUUAUUUUUUUUCCCUUAAUUAUACAGCAAAACUUCAGUCUUUAUUACUCACUUCCUUAACAAGAACAGAAAGAAAAUGAAUAAAAGAUGAUGCUUUAAUUAUUGCAAAUCUGAAGAUGAGUGAACCGGAUUUACUCAUGUUUUCUAUAAUUUCUGCGCACCAACUUCGCCAUAUGCUCUUCAAUUGUGAAAAUAUAUUAUAUCUGCUGUUUAAGGCCUACUACAUUCGAAAGGGCACUUGAGAGGGGGAGAGAGAGAGAGACUGAGAGAGAGGGUGCUGGUUCGCAAAGAAACAUUAAGUUCUGCGAGCUUGAAUCCUCUCUCUGUUUCAUUAAAUUAUCUCCGUGCCACCGGAUUUGAUUUUUAAAUGUUCCUAUAAUAACAUCAGGAAACUAUUGAGAUAGUUGAAGGUUACUUAUUAAAGGAGGUUGGGAGCUGGUAUUAAUGGGUGGUGUUUGUUGCUGUUUGCAAGAUGAAUACGAAGAUUUGACAAAUCCUAACAGCUCUGUUUAUCGAAACUGUAUAUGCCUCCGUUGCUUUGUUCAGAACUUCUUGGCUGUGUAUACGUCAUUGUUUCGCAGAGGAGAAGAACAUGUCACCGCUUCAUCCACUCUGGGGACGGCAUCUUUGAAUUCGGUUGCAUCACUUGAUAACUCUCUAGAUGAUAUGUACCGCUCUCCUCCAAGGCCUCUGCCUUACGAUGCAGAUCCGAGAUAUUUCCGUUUGCAACGGGACGGACUGGUCUCAAGGAGGGAGAAAGGCUCGAGUCAUUUGCACGAGGAAACUGAACCGUUGAGAAGAAGUGAAGUUGAUGAAGAGCCUGUACCUUUGAGGAACACAAACAAAUGGAAUGACUUCACAUGUGAAGAAGAAUCUAAAGAUUACAAUUCCAAAUAUUCAUUGAAGCUCUCAACAGCUAAAUCAAAGACAGGUUUUGAUCAUGUUUACACUUCUUCAGAAGAUGAAGAUGUCUGCCCCACAUGUCUCGAAGAUUAUACUACAGAAAACCCAAAGAUUAUGACAAAAUGUUCUCACCAUUUCCACCUUGGUUGUAUAUAUGAGUGGAUGGAAAGAAGUGAUAACUGUCCAGUUUGUGGCAAGGUGAUGGCAUUCGAUGAGACACCUUGAUCUUUUCUCUCCCCAGAUUUUUAUUUGUGGGUCAAAACAGCUACAAACAGCAAGAGAAAUAACAAAUUUGAAACAGGAAGUGUAAAGUCGCUGUGAAUACUCCAUGUUAAAAGUGCUAUCUUGUAUAGUGAUAUUAUUCAGCACCAUGAUGUCUGCUUUUCUUUUCGUGUUUAUUAUUGUAUUUCCUACGAGCAAAAAGCUUUUAGCCAAAGUUCUCUUCAACGAAGAGAAUGAAUGUUAUAUGGCUAAACGGUUGAACCUGCUGGGAUUGUUAAAUCCAUGGUAUUGACAACAUAUUUUGCUUAAAAAAAAUUAGUACAACUGAAAAAAUUGUACUAAAUACUUGAGCUUGUAGUUAUAUCUUUCAUGGGCAAAAACUACUUUGACCACUUGUAAGCGAUAUUGUUUUCCUAGCCAAGUACUUUCCUUUCCCUAA